AAGUAGCGAGUACUGAUGUUCCUGUUGCCAGCGUUUGAAUACUCCGCUCAGCUCAUUGCCCAGCAUAAACGAAUGCUUUCGCAUCAGAUCCCGCGAGAAGAAGUCUGUCUUCGGACCACUUUCCAGCGCCGCGUACAGCAGGAAGGGAUCGUCCUGGGACCUAAAGGGAGCAAACGUAAAAUCUUAUCAAGCUAUCAGAUGCAGAUCUUUGUAAAGACGCUAACCGGGAAAACGAUCACCCUCGAUGUGAUCGCUUCGGAAACGGUUUUGGACAUUAAAAGCAAAAUUGAACAACGUGAAGGCAUUGCACCGGAUCAGCAGCGAAUCAUCUUUGCCGGUAAACAGCUCGAUGACGGUCGGAUCAUAUCCGACUACAACAUCCAGCACGGCUCGACGAUGCAUCUGGUGCUCCGGCUGAAGGGUGGAAUGCAAAUCUUCGUGCGAAUGCUGACGGGGAAAACGAUUGCGAUCGAUACGGAACCGGAAGCGACGGUCGAGAGUGUGAAGAAACAGAUCGAUGAGCGUGAGGAAAUCCCUCCCAACCAGCAGCGCAUGAUCUUUGCCGGCAAGCAGCUGGAAGAUGGGCGGCAGCUCCAGGAGUACAGCAUCAUCAAAGCAUCCACCAUUCAUUUGGUGCUGCGUCUGAAGGGCGGCAUGCAAAUCUUUAUUUUCGUGAAAACUCUGACCGGAAAGACCAUCACUCUGGAAGUUGAGCCAUCGGAUACUAUUGAGAAUGUGAAGGCGAAGAUCCAGGAUAAGGAGGGAAUCCCGCCAGAUCAGCAGCGUCUGAUCUUUGCUGGAAAGCAGCUGGAGGAUGGCCGCACCCUGUCGGACUAUAACAUCCAGAAGGAAUCGACUCUUCAUCUGGUUCUCCGUCUGCGUGGUGGUAUGCAGAUUUUCGUGAAAACUCUGACCGGAAAGACCAUCACUCUGGAGGUUGAGCCAUCGGAUACGAUUGAGAAUGUGAAGGCAAAGAUCCAGGACAAGGAGGGAAUCCCGCCAGAUCAGCAGCGUCUGAUCUUUGCUGGAAAGCAGCUGGAGGAUGGCCGCACCCUGUCGGACUAUAACAUCCAGAAGGAAUCGACUCUUCAUCUGGUUCUCCGUCUGCGUGGUGGUAUGCAGAUUUUCGUGAAAACUCUGACCGGAAAGACCAUCACCCUCGAGGUCGAACCAUCGGAUACGAUCGAGAAUGUGAAGGCGAAGAUCCAGGACAAGGAGGGAAUCCCGCCAGAUCAGCAGCGUCUGAUCUUCGCUGGAAAGCAGCUUGAGGAUGGCCGCACCCUGUCGGACUAUAACAUCCAGAAGGAAUCCACUCUUCAUCUGGUUCUCCGUCUGCGUGGUGGUAUGCAGAUUUUCGUGAAAACUCUGACCGGAAAGACCAUCACCCUCGAGGUCGAACCAUCGGAUACGAUCGAGAAUGUGAAGGCGAAGAUCCAGGACAAGGAGGGAAUCCCGCCAGAUCAGCAGCGUCUGAUCUUUGCCGGAAAGCAGCUGGAAGAUGGCCGCACCCUGUCGGACUAUAACAUCCAAAAGGAAUCCACCCUUCAUCUGGUUCUCCGUCUGCGUGGUGGUAUGCAGAUUUUCGUGAAAACUCUGACCGGAAAGACCAUCACCCUGGAAGUUGAGCCUUCCGAUACGAUUGAGAAUGUGAAGGCAAAGAUCCAGGACAAGGAGGGAAUCCCGCCAGAUCAGCAGCGUCUGAUCUUUGCCGGAAAGCAGCUGGAGGAUGGCCGCACCCUGUCGGACUAUAACAUCCAGAAGGAAUCGACCCUUCAUCUGGUUCUCCGUCUGCGUGGUGGUAUGCAGAUUUUCGUGAAAACUCUGACCGGAAAGACCAUCACUCUGGAGGUUGAGCCAUCCGAUACGAUCGAGAAUGUGAAGGCGAAGAUCCAGGACAAGGAGGGAAUCCCGCCAGAUCAGCAGCGUCUGAUCUUCGCUGGAAAGCAGCUGGAGGAUGGCCGCACCCUGUCGGACUAUAACAUCCAGAAGGAAUCGACCCUUCAUCUGGUUCUCCGUCUGCGUGGUGGUAUGCAGAUUUUCGUGAAAACUCUGACCGGAAAGACCAUCACUCUGGAGGUUGAGCCAUCCGAUACGAUCGAGAAUGUGAAGGCGAAGAUCCAGGACAAAGAGGGAAUCCCGCCAGAUCAGCAGCGUCUGAUCUUCGCUGGAAAGCAGCUUGAGGAUGGCCGCACCCUGUCGGACUAUAACAUCCAGAAGGAGUCCACCCUUCAUCUGGUUCUCCGUCUGCGUGGUGGUAUGCAGAUUUUCGUGAAAACUCUGACCGGAAAGACCAUCACUCUGGAGGUUGAGCCAUCGGAUACGAUUGAGAACGUUAAGGCGAAGAUCCAGGACAAAGAGGGAAUCCCGCCAGAUCAGCAGCGUCUGAUCUUCGCUGGAAAGCAGCUUGAGGAUGGCCGCACCCUGUCGGACUAUAACAUCCAGAAGGAAUCCACUCUUCAUCUGGUUCUCCGUCUGCGUGGUGGUAUGCAGAUUUUCGUGAAAACUCUGACCGGAAAGACCAUCACUCUGGAGGUUGAGCCAUCGGAUACGAUUGAGAAUGUGAAGGCGAAGAUCCAGGACAAGGAGGGAAUCCCGCCAGAUCAGCAGCGUCUGAUCUUCGCUGGAAAGCAGCUUGAAGAUGGCCGCACCCUGUCGGACUAUAACAUCCAGAAGGAAUCGACCCUUCAUCUGGUUCUCCGUCUGCGUGGUGGUAUGCAGAUUUUCGUGAAAACUCUGACCGGAAAGACCAUCACCCUCGAGGUCGAACCAUCGGAUACGAUUGAGAAUGUGAAGGCGAAGAUCCAGGACAAGGAGGGAAUCCCGCCAGAUCAGCAGCGUCUGAUCUUCGCUGGAAAGCAGCUGGAGGAUGGCCGCACCCUGUCGGACUAUAACAUCCAGAAGGAGUCCACCCUUCAUCUGGUUCUCCGUCUGCGUGGUGGUAUGCAGAUUUUCGUGAAAACUCUGACCGGAAAGACCAUCACUCUGGAGGUUGAGCCAUCCGAUACGAUCGAGAAUGUGAAGGCGAAGAUCCAGGACAAGGAGGGAAUCCCGCCAGAUCAGCAGCGUCUGAUCUUCGCCGGAAAGCAGCUGGAAGAUGGUCGCACCCUGUCGGACUAUAACAUCCAGAAGGAGUCCACCCUUCAUCUGGUUCUCCGUCUGCGUGGUGGUAUGCAGAUUUUCGUGAAAACUCUGACCGGAAAGACCAUCACUCUGGAGGUUGAGCCAUCGGAUACGAUCGAGAAUGUGAAGGCGAAGAUCCAGGACAAGGAGGGAAUCCCGCCAGAUCAGCAGCGUCUGAUCUUUGCCGGAAAGCAGCUGGAGGAUGGCCGCACCCUGUCGGACUAUAACAUCCAGAAGGAAUCGACUCUUCAUCUGGUUCUCCGUCUGCGUGGUGGAAAUUAAUUCGUUGAAUAAAGCACAUUGAAGCUUCAUGAA